UGGGAAAACUGGCUCAUGUGAUUUAAAGCUUAUUUCAGUGGCUAUCUCGAGAUGUCCCAGAAAAGGACUCUCUGUUUACGCAACGAGGUAAAAUAGCACCGUUAGGGAUGUGCCAACACAUGAGACAAAAGUGGGCUGGAGGAAGACGCCCAGGCAAAAGGAGAGCGCAGAGUUUUUUGGAAAUGUCAAAUUCGUGGUGGGUGAUAGAGUUUGCAGCGCGCCUCACGCAGCCAAUCAGUUGGCUGGAGUCCGCUCAGCCUCUGUUUUGGAGCCUGAGCUCAGUGUGAUACUGUGCGUAAAAUCUUACCUGUCAGACGCGGCAGCAACAACAGCAGCAGCGGCGGCGGCGGUGCCACAGCAGGGAGAGGAAGAGCAAGAGAAAGAGAGAGAGAGAGAGAGAGAGAGAGAGAGAGCUCAGCGAGCAAAGUCCAUCCUCACACACGCGGAAUUAACUACCUUUUAAACGGAUACCAUAUGUUGUGCUACGGUGGCAGUUUUCUCACAAAACUGAUAGUGUGAAGUGGAAAGGUUGGGUCCGUACGUCUCCAUCGACUCAGUUGCGCCGAGGAACGAUGCUGAACAAACCUGCGGGAGGAUUUUCUGACUCAGCUGCCAGACUGCCAAAUCUUUCUUGGACUCCAUCCUCUGAUCCACUAGACUUCUGAACCUUCCACCACCAUGGAGAGCCUCAGCGAGCUCCAGAACCCCCUGCUGGACAAAACCAGCAGACACGUGGUCCAUGGCGACUACCAGGGCUACCAGUGCGACUACCCGAGCCAGCCUUACCACCAGGACAGCCUCAUUGGCUACUACUACACGGGGACUAGCGGCAAGCACAAGACUCAGCAGUUCCUGGACGCAACGUCCCUGCAUCUAGCGGUGGAGGCCUUUUACAGGCCCAACUUCAUCCUGUACAAAGACGACGUGAGCCUCCACAGCAAGGACUCCAAGAGUGAGAGCUUUGAGACCACUUUCACGGAGAGCAAGGACACUGUGUUGGACGGGGUGUCGGCAGAAAACACCUCAGAUGGUGUGCAAGGAGAGAAGGAUGUGAAGAUCCAGACGGUGUCGUAUGAGGUGGAGGAUGAGCAGGGUCCUGAGUAUGAGAGUGACAGCUCCAGCGACAGCGAGAGCGAGGACAACUUCAUUGUGCUGCCCCCUCGGGACUACCUGGGCCUAGCCAUCUUCUCCAUGCUCUGCUGCUUCUGGCCCUUGGGCAUCGUUGCCUUUUACUAUUCUCACAAGACUGGCAAGGCCAUCGCUAAGGGAGACUUCUCCAGAGCAGGAAUGAGCUCCAGAAGAGCCCUAUUCCUGGCCGCUCUUUCCAUUACCAUUGGAACGGGGAUGUAUGUGGGGGUGGUUGUGGCUCUCAUAGCCUACCUGUCCAAGCCUGGACAUGUAUAACACUGGGACCAGCUUGCUUGAGGGGAGAUAGCAAGAAAGAGGAGGCAAGAUAGGAGGAGGGGAAAAAGACGAGGUCGGACAGAUUUCUUCGCCUCUCCUGAAGGCGUGUGCCUGUGCUGCUGCUGCUGGCUGUCUGUGAAAAGAAGAAGCUAUAUGAAGAGAAGAGACUAAACCAGAGAGAGAAAAGAUGUGUGGAUGGAGUAUUACUUGGACUGCAUAUUGAUCCGGACUGAAUCUUUAUUUCUGGGAUGCAACACUCCCACCAAGGUAUUCUACCACCAUUGCAAGAAGAAGAAAAGACAGUGCUGAGAAAGACAACUACUCCUCCUGUACUUAUAUUAGAAAGAAACUGAGCUAACUACCUACCUUUUAUCACAUUAGUCGUUUUCAACGUUUUUAUUUUGCCUUUACAGUAGAUGUGUUCUCUGCCAAUAUUAUUACAUAUUGUGUACUGUCCACUUUGUAAAUGAAUUUCUUGGAACAUAAGUAGGCCAGUGGGUUUAUAUGUUUGUUUAUUCAAGGAAUGUACUGGAAAUUGAUCCAGACAGUAAACAGAGGGAAGUGGACCCUUAAUAUGAAGAGAACAAAGAUGAUUAUCAGACUGUACACAAAGCUGCUGAGCAGUGGUCAAGAGGGUUAGUUGUGCUCAUUGUGUACUGUAAAUUUAGUCAAUAAAUACAUUUGGCAUGAAUAAUGAAAUAUCCUGA